CCUGCCUAAAUUUGUGUUGCACAGACAGGAAGUCGGCUUCUGAAGUCACAUUGAAGACGGAGAGCUCGGUCACAAUAAUAACAGGACCAGUGACCAGUCAACCCAUUCCUGAUGACUGUAAUUGGAUGAUCAUUAACAAUGUUUGCCUCCAAAGUUGUCCCUCAUCUCCGUCUGUUGCGUAAAGCAACUUGUGCACUUCAAGCCCAUGGAGAAAUUUUAAAUGGAUGUCUACAACCACUUCCUGCUUUCUGUUCUUCACUACAACCAAAACUGAGUAACUACUCAACAGCAGCAGACAACACAUCUCCUCCACGAUGGAUCCAACUGGAGCCAGAACUGGAGGAAGCUCUUGUGCCGCGUAAACUAUCAGUAAGUCCUCUGGAGAGCUGGCUCUCCCUGCGCUACUCCCUUCCUCCCCUGCUGGAGUCUCCCGAGCCACAGGAGGACGCCGAGCUGCUGGAGGAGAAGGUACUGCCACCCAUCUCCAUCCCAGUUUUGGAGGAUGAAAAGGAUUCAGCAACACCCCUUAAAUGCAAGAAUGUUCUAGAGAUCCGUCGGCGGAAGAUGAAUCGGCAUAAAUUCAGGAAGCUGCAAAAAAGGACUAAAUUCUUGAGAAAGAGAGUGAUGGAGGGCAGAGGGAAGAAGAAGCAGAAACGAUUUGAGGAUGAUCUGAAGAAGAUUUGGAUGCGAGCUGGACUGAAGCAGGCUCCUGAUGGAUGGACUACACCUAAGAUCUUCCUAAAACUUCAUGGAAACAGAAGGAACUGAGAAAUACUGACGCCGUUUCAAGUUUGUGUCACAUCCUUUACACUGGACAGCUCUGCACACCACACUUAACAGACCACUCUUGUAACAACCAGACUAGUUUCUGUGCUUUUCACCCUAACAAAAGCAACAAUGAGGCCAUAUUUGCGAUGUGAGCAGUUAUUUUUCAUGUGUACAUAAUCUAAUAAAGAUCUCUCUUCCAAACCAAA